AUGGCGGAAUUUCACCUAGAGGACGCUUUCCGUCAUAAGCUUGUAAAGUUUAUUCCGUAUACUGAACUCGAAAAUUUGACCCGUGUUGACAGUGGCAAAUUUGGAAGCGUCCAAACAGCAUAUUGGCAUAAAUCAAGAAAAACGGUUGCUGUUAAAAGGCUAUAUUCGUUUGAGCAAAAUGAUACAACUAGUCAAAAGUUUGUUCACGAACUAAAAAUUCAAAAGCGCGUGGAAUAUCAUGAUCGAAUAAUCCGAAUCUUGGGUGUUAGUCAAGGUGGAAAUUUAAAAAGUUAUUUGGCUCAAAAACAUUCAACGCUCACAUGGAAUGACAAACUUAAAAUUGCCUAUGGGAUUGCAGAUGCUCUUAAGUGUCUUCAUGAUGAAGAUAUUGUUCAUUGCGAUCUCCAUUCGAAAAACAUUUUAAUUGAUAACGGAGAACCAAAAAUCGCUGACUUGGUAUUUCCAGAAGCCUUAACAGUGUAA